GGGAGGAGCGUUCACACAGCCAAAAAGGCAAAAUUAUGUUUUCGGUCCAAAAGGUUUCUCUGAAGUGACGGAAAGUGCGGGAAGUUCAUAAGUUUGUCUCUUUUCAAUGACUGAUGCAUGUUUCACGUUUUUUGAACGCAACGCACGACUGUCAGUCCUGCGCAGUUUAUCUCAUGACUACACGCUUCAAGAAACAUUAAAUCCAAACGACUGAAGGAAGAGCGGACGCUGCGAACCUUUGGAUGAGUUGAAUAAAACUAGAACGCGAUACGGAGAAGAGCUGGGAGAACUUCGGCAAAGUUCGCGCCCUAGUACCGUGAAGUGAGGGGCACAAUGCACGCGCGCUACCCUGGAUCCAGCCCUAGUUCUCUGGGCGUUGUUCCCUACAUCGCUGGCGAGCAGGGGUACUACCGGGCUGCCAACGGCGCUGGAUAUACCGGCAUCCCGGCGCCAAUGAGCAUGUACUCUCACGCAGCGAACGAGCAGUACCCCGGAGGCAUGGCUCGCACCUACGGCCCCUACGCGGGGACUCAACAACCCAAAGAGAUGGUCAAGCCUCCAUACAGCUACAUCGCACUGAUAACGAUGGCCAUCCAACAUUCAGCGGAUAAAAGGGUCACACUGAACGGCAUCUACCAGUUCAUCAUGGAACGCUUCCCGUUUUAUCGGGAAAACAAGCAAGGAUGGCAGAACAGCAUUCGCCACAACCUGUCGCUCAAUGAAUGCUUCGUCAAGGUGCCGCGUGAUGACAAGAAGCCGGGGAAAGGCAGCUACUGGACUCUCGACCCAGACUCUUACAACAUGUUCGAAAACGGCAGCUUCCUGCGGAGACGGCGCCGCUUCAAGAAGAAGGACGCACAAAAGGACAAAGAGGAGCGCGAUAUACAAGGUAAAGAGGCCCGGGCGCAGGGUCGCGAAGCUCAGCAGCCGGUCAAACUGCGGGACAUAAAAACGGAGAACGGUGGUUGCACGCCCCCGCGUUCUGGCACCCCAGCCCUCACUUCCGUGACGAAAACCGAGAGCCCGGACAGCAGCAGCGUGGCCGCAUGCGAUGGGAGCCCACAGACGCAGGCGACACAACAGGCCUUUAGCAUGGAUAACAUAAUCGCAGGGUUGCGUGGGUCACCGCCGCAGGCUGCCGAGUUGCCCGCCUCGCGCGCUGCUUUACCGAGCUCGGUGCCUCUUGCUUACUCGCCCCCGACACAACCGGCGCACUACAGUCCUCCCUGCGGCCAGCCGGCUGUCUACCAGUGCGACAUGUAUGCUGGUGACCGCGGGCAGGGGAACGAAGCCUUACCGGAUUACACGAGCGCAACAAGCGCAGCCGCGCCCUCUCACGCGACCCUGAGUUCGAGCCAAGAAAACCAGCACGUGCAACAGAGUCGGCUCGCACCGUGGUACCUCAAUCAGAGUGCUGAAGUGGCGCAACUUAGCGCGAGCUAUGGAACACACCAAGCAAGCUUUCACGCAGCAUUCGAAGCACAGAGGCUCGCACUCAACUCCUCACCGGCGUCCGGAAACGACGGAGGCUGUCAGACAACUUUCUCUGCCAGUCAGCCACUGUACCGGGCCUCAGGCACUUUUGUCUACGACUGUAGCAAGUUCUGACCAAACAUAUCACGAGCCAAAAUGCACACUUAAUUUGGCCAACAGACUUGCAUUUUUAUUCCAGUUUAAAUAAUUUAAUGCAAAGCUUUGAGCCAAAGAGCGGUGAGUACAGGCUGAAGCAACUCCGGACUGAAAGGCCUGAAAAGGCGUGUAAGAUUUCGUUUUUCCGGACUUGCCUCAAUAGAACUUUUUAUCACUAGAUUAAUUUAUUCAUUAAGAAUUAGACGGACCAACUUUCAACCAAAUGUUAAUCUUAUUUAUAUGAUGCAAAACGGAACCUAACUGUGUACAAAAUCUACGAUUUUUAAAUACUCGAAAUAUAUAUUAUUUGUUAAAUAAAUUCCUUUUCUGUCUUAA